AAACUUUUGCGCUUUGAUCUUAUCCUAUCCGUCUAAAUCAGCGGAUUUGAGCAUAUUUUUUUGGGAUGUUGUUUCCAUUUUUGCACUAAUUUACUACGAUUUUAUGCUUCAUUUACUUGGAUCUUGGUCCGAGAUCCCAGAAUGUGGCUAAAGUGUGUAGCCGCGCUUCUGAAACCCUAGAAAUGGAUGGGCCAUUAGGGCUUCGGAAGGUCGGGUCAUACGCCUCCGUGGCCGACGCCGGAGACGAGCUCGACCUGAGCCGCCUCCUCGAGAAGCCGCCACCGAAGCUGAGCAUCGAGCGGCAGCGCUCGUUCGAGGAGCGCUCGCUGAGCGAGCUCUCAAUUAGCGUUCGCGCCCUCGAUGCGGCAGCGUAUGAUCACGGCAUGUUCUCACCCGGGAUGCGGUCCUCGGGAUUCGACACCCCGGCCUCGUCGGCGCGGAACUCGUUCGAGCCCCACCCGAUGGUGGCGGAGGCGUGGGAGGCUCUCCGCCGCUCGCUGGUCUACCUCCGGGGCCAGCCGGUGGGGACCAUCGCCGCCUACGAUCACGCCUCCGAGGAGAUCCUCAAUUAUGAUCAGGUGUUUGUCCGUGAUUUUGUGCCGAGUGCUCUGGCUUUCCUAAUGAACGGAGAACCAGAAAUAGUCAAAAACUUUCUUCUGAAAACGCUUCACCUCCAAGGAUGGGAGAAGAAGGUCGACCGCUUCAAGCUAGGGGAAGGCGUGAUGCCCGCGAGCUUCAAAGUGUUGCAUGACCCAAUCCGUAAGACUGACACCCUGAUUGCUGAUUUUGGUGCGAGUGCAAUCGGACGGGUUGCACCAGUCGACUCGGGAUUCUGGUGGAUCAUACUUCUUCGUGCUUACACGAAGUCAACCGGCGAUCUUUCUCUUGCGGAAACGCCAGAAUGUCAAAAGGGGAUGCGGCUUAUUCUGGCUUUGUGCCUGUCGGAAGGGUUUGACACUUUUCCCACACUCCUUUGUGCCGAUGGAUGCUCGAUGAUUGAUCGGAGAAUGGGGAUAUACGGAUAUCCUAUAGAAAUCCAAGCUCUCUUCUUCAUGGCGUUGAGGUGCGCCCUCUCGAUGCUUAAACACGACGCAGAGGGCAAGGAGUUUGUUGAACGUAUCGUCAAACGCUUGCACGCAUUAAGUUAUCACAUGCGAAGCUACUUCUGGCUCGACUUCCAACAGCUGAACGACAUAUACCGCUGGAAAACUGAAGAGUAUUCUCACACCGCCGUAAACAAGUUCAACGUAAUUCCCGACUCCAUUCCCGACUGGGUCUUCGACUUCAUGCCCACUCGCGGCGGAUAUUUCAUCGGAAACGUGAGCCCCGCCCGCAUGGACUUCCGGUGGUUCUGCCUCGGAAACUGUGUUGCUAUAUUAUCGUCCCUCGCUACUCCGGAGCAAGCUAUGGCGAUCAUGGACUUGAUUGAAGCGCGGUGGGAGGAGAUUGUCGGGGAAAUGCCUUUGAAGGUAGCUUAUCCCGCGAUCGAGAGCCACGAGUGGAGGAUUGUUACAGGUUGCGAUCCGAAGAAUACCAGGUGGAGUUACCACAAUGGAGGAUCUUGGCCAGUGCUUCUGUGGCUUCUCACCGCAGCAUGCAUAAAGACGGGUCGACCGCAAAUCGCGAGGCGUGCAAUAGAGCUCGCGGAAAGCCGGCUCUUGAAGGACGGCUGGCCGGAAUACUACGACGGAAAGCUCGGAAGAUACAUCGGAAAACAGGCCAGGAAGUUCCAGACUUGGUCCAUCGCGGGCUAUCUGGUGGCGAAGAUGAUGCUCGAAGACCCUUCGCAUCUCGGCAUGAUCUCCCUCGAAGAGGAUAAGGCGAUGAAGCCGCUCAUUAAGCGAUCGACCUCGUGGACCUGCUGACGCAGAGUAUACCAUAGAUAACUUAGAAAAAAGAAAGAAAGAAAGAAAGAAAGAAAGAAGAAACUAUAAACUCCACGCAUUCGCGUUUUUCGCUCGGCAAUUUCAAUUUUCCUCAUCUUCUCUAUCCCUUAUUGAAGGGCUUUUAUAUGUAAAAUAUAGUCAUUGACAAAGAAGAAAACAAUGUUAUUGCUAAUAAAAGUGAGGUUAUUUACACAGGAAAAGUUUGAUCCUGCUAAA